CCCCCCGAACCCCUCAUGUCACGUUAGAUCAGCACUUCAACACCACCGGCAUUUCAGGGUGCGUCCCAGCGAAUACGAUGGAUCGAAUCAGAGACCUCUUCCGACAGAAGGACGUCCGCGAGGAGUACAGUCCCAUCGUCGAGGAUGACAACCCGAUGGAGGGCACAGCCUUGCUGGAAGACGACGGCGAAGGCGUGCCCUUCUCGUGGUUCGAGUACAGCAUCUUUGCGCUGUUGGGCAUGGCGAUGCUCUGGGCCUGGAACAUGUUCCUUGCCGCGGCACCGUACUUCCAGCUGCGCUUUCAAUCCGAUGUCUGGAUCACGCAGAACUUCCAGUCGGCUAUCCUGACUGUCUCGACGAUCACAAACCUCGGCGCCAUGCUGGUCCUGACGAACAUGCAGGCGGCUGCCUCGUACCCGUUCCGCAUCAACCUCGCGCUGACGAUCAACGUCGUCAUCUUCAUGCUCCUCACGGCGUCAACGUCUAUCUUCCUCGACGCGUCCCCGGCCUUGUACCUCACCUUUCUCCUGACCAUGGUCGCCGCCACGGCCCUCGCUGCUAGGCCUCAUCCAGAACGGCGCCUUCGCCUUCGCCGCCUCCUUCACAUCUCCACCGUCGGCGGCCAUCCCCGCAAGACCGUCUCCCCGCUGACGCUCCUCGGCAAGCUGCACUGGCUUUCGGCCGCCGUGGCCCUCUGCUUCGCCGUCUCCAUGUUCUUCCCCGUCUUUACGGGCAAGAUCCUCUCCGUGCGCACCACCGAUGACGGCGCCGCCGGCUCCGGCUCCGGCUCCCUCUUCCGCCCCGCCGCCUUCAUCCCCCUCGCCUUCUUCGUGUGGAACGCCGGCGACCUCGCCGGCCGCAUGGCCACCGCCCUGCCCUUCAGCCUGCGGAGCCGUCCGCCGCUGCUGCUGGCCCUCGCCGUCGCGCGCCUCGUCUGGCUGCCGCUCUACCUGCUCUGCAACGUCAACGGCCGCGGUGCCGUCGUCGCGAGCGACCUCUUCUACCUCGUCGUCGUGCAAUUCCCCUUUGGCCUCACCAACGGCUGGCUCGGCGCGAGCUGCAUGAUGGCCGGCAGCGAGUGGGUCGACGAGGGGGAGAGGGAGGUCGCCGGCGGCUUCAUGGGGCUGUGCCUUGUGACGGGGCUGACGGUGGGCAGCAUCUUGAGCUUUACGGUCGCGGGGAUUUAG